AUGCCCAGGUCAAAGGAAAGUAAAGAAACUAAAGAGAGUGACGAGUACGUCAUAAAUUUAGAAAAAAUGUUAGGACAAAUUGCAGAGGGCAUGUUGAGUUUACAGUCAGCAGUAGGAGUGUUGGCUUCUAAUAUACAAAAAUCCAAUUCAGAUGCUAGUACUGACAAAAAUCAGGCUAAUUUAAAUAGUUCUAAAGAUGUUUUGCAUGAUAGGUCAUAUCUUGUUAAUUGGAGGGAACUAGGGGGAAGUAAUUUAACUUUUUAUCCAAACAGUAAGUGCCAUCCAAUGCAGUUUUUGAAAAAAUUAAAUAAGAUUUUUGAGGAAGCCGGUGUGCCGGAAGAACGUAAAAUGAGUUUAGCUACAGGGUGUUUAAGAGGUACCGCGGCGGAUUGGGUAGCUGUAAAGGAACCUUCUUUAAAAACAUAUGAGGAGUUUGUACAUUCUUUUAAGAGUAGAUUUUGGGGUAUUGACAAACAACGCGAAUUAUUUUUAGAAAUACAGUACGGGCGUUUUGAGUCAGGUAACCGAUCUGAGUACUUUUUGAAUUUGAUUAAUCAGGCAAGUUUUUUGCAAGAGAAAAUUUCUGAUAAAGAUUUAAUCGAAAAAAUUUCCAAACACUUUCCUACCGAAGUACGCAGGGGCAUUAUUACACAGGGUUUAAAUACAAUCGACAGUGUCGAAGAAUAUCUCCGGAAAAUUGACGACACUUAUGAUGAAAAAUCAAACGAUAUUAGUAGGGCGGUAAAUAGAAACAAUUUCGCACCUAAUAAUAACAGUAGUAAUAGGAGAUAUAUUCCGAAUAAUAGUAAUCAAAAUAGAGAUAGAGAUAACAAUGUUCAAAACGACAGGAACGAAUCUGCAAAUCAGAGACGUCAAGUUAACUUAAUUACGCAAUUUAAUAAGAGUACCGAAAAUUUGUUAUGUGUUGAAGAGGAACAAAUAAAUAAAUGUGAUGUGAUUAUGCCAAUAAUACAGGGAAAAAUCGGGAACAAUGAAACCGGUAUAUUAAUAGAUAGCGGCAGCGAGAUAUCCGCAGUAGCUGAAGAUUAUUUUAAUACUAUUAAGGACGAUGUUAGGGCACCAGUACUACCAGUGGCAGGCGUUACUAUUUCGCUAGCAGUAGGAGAAAUAAUAGAAAAGGUGAAACGACCGCCACCUUUAAUAAGGCCGUCUGUGAGCAAAGGCGCUGCACCCCCGGAGGCGAUAAAUAUCAUGCGUCAAUGCUGGGCUGAGCAGCCCGAAAUGAGGCCGGACUUCAACACUGUCCACGAACACUUUAAAAAACUGAAUCAUGGAAGAAAAGUCAACAUCGUCGACACAAUGUUUCAGAUGCUAGAGAAAUAUUCGAAUAACCUUGAAGAACUUAUAAGGGAAAGAACCGAACAGCUAGACAUAGAGAAGAAAAAGACUGAACAAUUAUUAAACAGAAUGUUACCCAGUUACGUCGCUGAAAAGCUAAAGCUCGGAAUGCCAGUCGACCCAGAGGAAUUCGAAGAAGUCACGAUCUACUUCUCGGAUAUAGUGGGGUUUACCACCAUUUCGGCGCAUUCGACGCCCUUUCAAGUUGUCGAUUUACUAAAUGAUCUCUACACCUGCUUCGACGCCACCAUCAACGCUUACAACGUUUACAAAGUUGAAACCAUCGGAGACGCUUACAUGGUGGUGGGUGGUCUACCUGUGCGAAUUCCAGACCACGCUGAGCAGGUUGCAACUAUGGCUCUCGACUUACUCCAUCAAAGCGGAAGAUUUCGCAUAAGACACUUACCAGGAACUCCCCUUCGAUUAAGGAUAGGACUUCACACGGGUCCGUGUUGCGCUGGAGUUGUUGGCCUUACGAUGCCUAGAUAUUGCCUCUUUGGGGAUACUGUAAACACAGCAUCCAGAAUGGAAUCAACAGGUUCAGCUUGGAGAAUCCACCUCUCUCAGGCUACAAAAAUUCGUCUGGAAAGGGCUGGUGGUUAUCAGAUUGAAUACAGAGGACCUACAGAAGUUAAGGGGAAGGGUACCAUGGACACAUAUUGGUUACUGGGAAAAGCUGGUUUUGAUAAACCGCUUCCCGAUCCACCAUCAAUCGAGGAAUCUCACGGAUUAGACGAGAGCCUUAUCAUUAGCAAGUCGAUAACUCAUAACCAUUAUGAGGAUUCCGGUGACACCAUUUCUCUGGAGUCCAAGCACCAAGCAAGCAGCGGUGGCGACGAUUACUGCAAUAAGUCUCCGAACACUAAUCCCUCUUUUAUUAAAAAUAUGGAGUACUCGAAGUUCUCAACGCUGGCGAAAACUAUUGACGACCCAGGAUCGAGAUCCGACUAUCACAUGGUAAAGAGCACUUCCAGUGACGCCCCAGCGUCUCUAGGUACGCCAGUAUCUGCUUCAGAAGUAGCAGCUGCUCUCCUUGGCGCCUCCACAAACUCCCUUUGCGGUUACAGGCGUCAUAGAAAGAUAGAAGAAGAGGAUCUGAGUACACCUUAUAACCAUUACAAGUGUUUGAGUCCUAAGCACAAGGUCGGCAAGUUGCUCAGAAGACAGUUUAGUCUCGACAGGACUGAGGAAUGCACAAGGGUAGAUGAAACAUUACAUAUGUUGUUUUCCAUCAGUCCGAGGCUGUGCAAACAGAAUUCGGCAGGGGCGGCAGAUUUAGAAAAAAUUGAAGAGGUCCCAUUAAGGAUUCCCUCGACGUCUCCCAGCAGUGUGUCUCCCAUUCAGUGCACUUUAUCUAUAUCAGUAGACUCCUUAAUACACUAA